AUGAUAAGAGUGUACAAGUUACACGCUACACUAAUAAAAACCGGAAAACACCAGAACCCACUCUCCCUCCGCCCCUUCUUCCUUAGCUGCUCCGAAUCCCCCGCCACCGCACUCUAUGCUGCCUCCGUCUUACUCCGCUUUCCCAUUCCACCGGACCCAUUCUCCUACAACACCGUCAUCAAACAUGUCUCACCUCAUUCUCCCACCCUCGCCCUUUCCCUAUUUUCCCAUAUGCGCCAUAACUCCGUCCCCUUCGACCACUUCACUUUCCCACUCUUCCUCAAAUACCACCACAACCAUCACCACCGUCUUCAUUCCCUCAUUCUCAAGCUCGGUUUUGACUCUAAUAUCUUCGUUCAGAAUGCGCUUAUCAAUGCUUAUGGUUGUCAUGGCUCACUCUAUGUUGCAGUUAAACUGUUCGAUGAAAUGCUUCACAGAGAUAUAGUUUCUUGGUCUACUUUAAUAUCUUGUUUGGUCAAUAACAAUCUUCCAGCUCACGCCGUUUCUGUUUUCCAACAAAUGCAGCUGGAUCAACCCGACAUUGUAAAUUCGCUUGAUGGGGUUAUCAUGUUGAGUGUGAUAUCUGCGGUUUCGAGCUUAGGUCUGCUUGAAUUAGGUAUCUGGGUUCAUUGUUUUAUUUCCAGGAUAGGGCUUUCGGUUACUGUUCCACUGGGCAAUGCUCUUAUUAAUAUGUAUUCGAGAUGUGGGUGUAUUGAUCGUUCUGUCAAGGUGUUUGAUGAAAUGCCGAAUAGAAAUGUAGUUACUUGGACUGCUUUGGCUAAUGGGCUUGCUGUUCAUGGACGUAGUAGGGAGGCUUUGAAAGCGUUUUAUGACAUGAAGGAGUCUGGUUUGAAGCCUGACAGGGGGGCGUUUAUAGGUGUUUUGGUGGCUUGUAGUCAUGGUGGUCUUGUGGAGGAUGGUUGGAGGGUUUUCGAAAGCAUGAAGAAUGAGUUUGGAAUUGAACCUAUGAUUGAGCAUUAUGGUUGCAUGGUUGACGUUCUUGGUCGUGCAGGGCUGCUUCUUGAAGCUUUUGAGUUUGUGGAGAAAAUGCCUUUGAAACCAAACUCUGUUAUUUGGAGGACUUUGCUUGGGGCGUGUGUAAAUCACAAUAAUCUUUUGUUGGCUGAAAAGGCUAGGGAAAGGGUCAAUGAGCUUGACCCACAUCAUGAUGGUGAUUAUGUGCUUUUAUCAAAUGCAUAUGGUGGAGUUGGUAACUGGGGUGGUAAGGCUGGCUUGAGAAAUUCUAUGAGGCAGAAUAGAAUUGUCAAGGAGCCUGGCCUUAGUUUUCUCCAUAUUGAUCAAGUGGUUCAUGAGUUUGUCUCUGGCGAUCGUGCUCAUCCACAAUGGGAGGAGAUUACAAAUUUUUUAGUUUCAGUUAUGGAUACUGUAAAAUUUGGAGGUUACACCCCUAAUACUUCCUCUGUGUUACAUGAUAUUCAAGAGGAAGAGAAAGAGCAUUGUGUGGGUUAUCAUAGUGAGAAAUUGGCAGUGGCUUUUGUGCUUCUUUAUCAUAGGGAUAGUAAGACCAUUAGGGUCAUUAAGAAUCUUAGGAUUUGUUUUGACUGUCAUGAUUUCAUGAAGCAUGUUUCAGGCAUCUUUGACAGAGAUAUUAUUAUUAGAGAUCGAAAUCGAUUCCAUCACUUUAGCAAGGGAUCAUGUUCUUGUCGAGAUUUUUGGUAAACCAUGCUAGUUCAGGUAUAAAAAUCUAUGUCAAAAUUCAUUUGUCAACAUCAAUAAAGGUCCCUGCGAGGUGGACCUAGGCAUUUAAUUGAAAUUGGGUUCAUUAAUUCUAAUUGUUAUGUUUGGAAA